UAAAGCAAGUUGGCAGCUUUGCUUUGUAUUUUAUGUGCAAAUGUUAAUAUUUUAAAAAAAAUGCUCGCCAAAACGGGACUGCAUUUACGCGCGUUUGGCAUUAUACUAGCACCUAUUCGUCCAAGAAUAAGCGCUGUUAGACUAAUUCAACAACAGCCGCUGCAGAACCAGCUACUAACGACAGGUGGCGCAGCAACUGUGCUGGGGUUGCAACAGGCGCGCAGUUAUGCAAAAGGUAAGGACAGAAAGAAGGAAAAGGGCGGCAAAGGUAAACCUGUUAAAGUUGAGAUAAAUGAGCAACAGCUGCGGGAACUAAUCAACUUGGAUGCCCUGAAUGCACAAAUGGAAAAAUCAGUCCUACAAAUGAAAGACGAUUUCAUUAAAAACCUCUCGCUGCGAUCUACGAGUGGAGCAAUCGACACGCUACGCAUCAAAGUGGACGGAGCCGAGCAUGAACUACAGGAGCUGGCUCAGAUAUCACGCAAGAAUCCAAAGACGAUAAUAGUCAAUAUGAUUGCUUUUCCACAAACAAUACCGGAUGUGCUGCGCGCUAUUGAAAAGAGCGGCAUGAAUCUUAAUCCGCAACAAGACGGAACAACACUCUUCAUACCUAUACCCAAGGUAACCAAAGAGCAUCGCGAGCUGCUGUCUAAGAAUGCGAAAGCCUUGUUUAUCAAGUAUCGCGAUGCCAUACGGGAUAUACAGAAUGCGCAGAUACGCAAGCUCAAGAAACAGACGGACAUUGGAAAGGAUGAUGCCUUCGCAGCCCAAACACAGGUCACGGCCAUUGCGGACAAAUACAUUGCCCAAGCAGACAAACUGCUAAUUAGCAAGCAGAAAGAAUUAAGUGGCGAGGCCUAAUGGUUAGAGACUGAUGCUGAUCAAAUUAGAAUAUUUUUGUGCCCACAAAUGUUACUGCCUAUUAAAAAUACCUAAGUUUAUCAGAAUAACAGUAACUUUAAAGCGUGAUAAGAAAUUUAUUAGGAACAAUUCAAGCAAUUUCAAAUAAAUAUCAAAAGAAC